CCGCGAGCAUCGUCGCGCGAGUCCAAUCCUAUGAACGCGCGCCCCUUACGUACAGUGCCGCCGACAGCGAACAGUCCACGUCCUUUCCCGUUCUUCUUGCGAUCGUUGCAUCCGUUUCUCCGCGGUUAUUGCGGUCGACGCGAGACAUGAGGCGGACAGGCGGUGUCCCGCGAUCGUUUUGACAAGCUACAACGAGGACUCGAACAAAAGAAAAAGUACUCGAGUGUCGUUGUUCGUCGAGUGUUGUUGGUGAGAGAAAGCCGGCAUGCCAGGGCCCUCCCGCUUGAGGGUGCAUGCAACAUUCGAAUGAAAAGCAGUGCUGGUCAACAAGUUUCGCGUGAACGGCAGCAGCAGGCAUCUCGCGCGCACGUGCCAGUGCUGUAGGGCGCUCCGAUAUGACGACGCGCCGGGCAAUCGCGGACUGACUGUCCUCGGAUCCGAUCCGUCGUAUCGCCUGCGCAAGGCUGUGCUGCACCCAUUCUCCACGAAGUCCGCUGCUCAUUCACUGAGAGAACAGUUGUCGCGGGGCAUCGGCGGCUAGGGGCCAACAAACACAGCGGGGCAGAGAGAGAGAGAGAGCGAGAGCGCGAGCACAGCGUCAGAGCGAUGGGCAACAGCAGCGAGGGAGCAGGAGGCGGUGGCGACGGCGGCGGGCGCUCCUUGGAGGCGGCCUCCGUGCCCAAGAAGUUUCGGCCGAGGAUCGACGGCCAGGACCGCCCCGGCGGCGUCGUGCUCAACUUGACGAUGUGCUUGCUCUGCGUGACCAGCCUCGGCGUGUCCGGCAUCCUCGCUUACCGCGAGCUGCGCCUCGAGGAGCGGAUCGCCAGUCUCGAGCUCAUGUGCCAGGCGCACCAGCAGCAGCAACUCGAGCCCUCGGACGUCCUCGUCAAGAGGGUUGAGCGCGAGGUCAAGCAGCAGAUCGAGAACGCGCAGAAGGCGGCGACACUCGCCGGACCGGACGCUGCAGCCGCUAUCUUCAGGAUCAAGAGGGACGUCGACUGCAACUGCCCACCAGGUCCACCAGGUAGUCCAGGUCCAGCGGGAAAACGAGGCAAAAAGGGUAAAAAAGGCGAAACCGGCGCACAAGGCGCACCGGGAUCGAAAGGUGAUUGUGGUGCUAGGGGAGCAACGGGACCCGUCGGCCACCGUGGAUAUCCUGGGUUCCCGGGCCCUAUCGGUAUGGAUGGACCGAAAGGAGAACCAGGCUCGGCAGGAGAGAAAGGACAAAAGGGCGAACAUGGUAAUCCUGGAUUCGACGUAUUCUCUGCAGUCAAGGUCAAUGCACAGGGAUUAGGGUUAAAGAGGUCGGUGACGACGCUGCGCGGCGGAACGCUCGGAUACGCCGAAAUCGUGGCGCUGAAGGGUGAGCAAGGCGAGCCAGGUCCGCCAGGACCGCCAGGUCCUGCAGGAGUGGAAGGUGCGCCAGGCCAAGAUGGCAGAGCAGGUCCACAAGGCGACAUCGGACCCGCGGGUGAAAAAGGCUCGCCUGGACCCGAAGGUCCUCAAGGACUGCAAGGGCCACCAGGAGCAACCGGAGCCAAGGGCGACAAAGGCGACAAGGGCGAGCGUGGACUGACGACCUCGAUAAACGGCGAGCCGUUCGCGACAGGCGUGUUCGAGGGACCGCCCGGACCCCCGGGACCACCUGGAACUCAGGGUGAGAAGGGCGACAUCGGUCCGGCUGGACCACCCGGUCCGCCCGGCGAGCGAGGCCAGCGCGGCAAGCAGGGCAAGAAGGGUGACCGAGGCCGGGAGGCCAGCCUGUUGACGGCGACAAAUCUGUUGAGGGGCCCGAAGGGUGAGCCCGGCGAACGAGGACAUCACGGUCCUAAAGGCGAGCGCGGCCCACAAGGAGCGAAGGGAGACCAAGGCAUACAAGGUUUACCCGGUGGCGACGGGGUCAGUGGAGAACCUGGCAUCCAGGGACCCCCUGGCUUACCCGGACUUUCGGGACCGAAAGGAGAAAAGGGAGACUAUGGUGACAUUGGACCUCCAGGACUCAUGGGUCCUCCUGGUUUACCUGGCCCACCAGGCUAUCCUGGACAGAAGGGCGAUAAAGGUGACAAAGGCGAAUCGAAGUACAAAAAGCUCAGGCGAAGACAGGGUGACAGCACAUUCGAAGUGAACGCUGGCGAGAUGUCGGGUUCCUACAUAAUGGGACCUCCGGGGCCCCCAGGACCAACGGGAUCGCCAGGACUACAGGGCCCGCCAGGCAUCAAGGGUGACCGGGGACACGAUGGCGCCAAGGGUGAUCCUGGUGAGAAGGGUUCGAAAGGCGACCCUGGCCCAAUGGGACUGCCCGGGCCGAUGGGACUACGAGGAGAAUCCGGGAGGCCAGUAGAAGGAAAACCAGGCGCCAUGGGCCCACCUGGACUUGACGGAAUGAAGGGAGCUCAGGGAGAGCCUGGCACAAAGGGAGAACGAGGAGAAACAGGACUGCCCGGUACUGAUGGGAUUCCGGGUAGUGAGGGUCCGAAGGGUGAAAGAGGAGCUAAAGGCGAACCCGGGCAGCAGGGUAAACGUGGUAAACGCGGUGAAAAGGGCGACAAGGGCGAACAGGGUGUACCUGGUUUGGAUGCACCGUGCCCAGUAGGCGCUGAUGGUCUUCCGCUGCCAGGAUGCGGUUGGAGGCCACCUCAGGGAAUACCGAGCCCGUCUUCAGCGGUGGUUGAUCUGCCGGAGCCCGCGGAGACAGACCACGACGAGCAGGAGCAGGAGCAAGAUCAGGAAGAUGAUUACGACGACGGCAAUGCAGCCGACGACCUCGACGAGAGCAGCAACAUGGACGAGCAAUAAUCGACAAACCAACACCUAGACGGACACUCAGCGCUGAUGCCUUACCUAAAUUAAUCGAUCCACUCAUUUUACCAACCAUCACCACCAUUAUCCACUUAUAUAUCUAUACGCCAGCAUCCAAUCAAAUUUUUAAGAGAUAAAUAACAAACACGUACUGACUAAUCCAGAGCUAACACAAUUGGGACUUGCUUCUGGUGCCAAAACGAAAUAUUUUAAGAAAAUGGUUAGAAGAGGAAGAAGAAGAAAAUAAUAAUUAACCAGUCUUACUCAAAGGAUUCCAUUUCCACAGAAACCUAUUAUGAAAAAUCAGUCAUCCUGAGCAUGAAGUUUCCGAUUUUUAUCUGCUUCUGAAUCAUUUUUACUGCCGAAGGAAAUAUAUAUGCCGAUGAAUGAAUAUGCAACUUGCCUACAAGUGUUGUAAAUAAAUGUACUUACAGUGUUCAUUGCCAAUAGUGUGUAUGUGUGUGUAUAUAGAAAAUAAUCCCGAAGCAAGCAACAAAAGUAUAUUAACAUAGUUUGAUAAAUAUGAUUGUCUAUUGAAAUGAAUUGUAUAACAAUGCUUAGGAAAUGAAUCAAUCCAGGAACUGCUAGAUCAAAUGCUCUGAAGAUAAAUCUCCCGAGUCUGGCAUGUUCUAGCGCUGAAACGUUUGGUACUUUAACAAAUUACCGGUAUUCAUUUAGUGCCAGUGAAUAUAAGAACAAAUAUUUAUUUCUAUGGUAUUUAUAGACUACAUAGCCAUUUAGAACAAAAUCAAAAUCUUGACACUCACAUUAUAGUUGUGUCAGACAGACUUGUACUGGAAUAUACCAAUUUUAUUUAUUUAUAUUAUAUUGACUAUGAAAAUGUGUCAGACAAUAGAUUUUUCGAAACAUAGUACUAUCCAGUUCAUGAAAGAUUAAUUAUGUAAAUUAAUUAAGAAAUCAUUAAAGAAAGAUCUAGUGUGGAAUAUUAUUUGAGUAAUAAUUGUUUAUAACAGUGUAAAGGCUAAUGCGUUAAAUUACUAUACUAUACUCUUGUUUAUAUGAAAAUGUAUACAUAUAAAACUCAUAAAAUUUUAUUCCAA